UUUGACAAGGACAGAAAAAAAGAAUGUUUUGCACCUGGGCAGAUUUGGGCUAUCUAUGAUUCAAUAGAUGGCAUGCCUAGAUACUAUGCGUUAAUUAGAAAAGGGCUUUCUCCUGGAUUUCAGUUGCAGGCAACAUGGCUUGAACCACAUCCAGAUGACAAUGAUGAAAUCAAAUGGGUAGAUGAGGAAUUGCCUGUUGCUUGUGGCAAAUUUAAACUUUGUAACACUGAAACCAUCGAAGAUCAUCUGACGUUUUCUCAUCCGGUUAUGUUCAAAAGGAAUGGCCGCGAUACUUUUCAAGUGUAUCCUAGAAAAGGAGAAACUUGGGCUCUUUUCAAAAACUGGGAUAUCACAUGGUACAAGGAUGUGGAAUCUCAUAGGCAGUAUGAAUACGAGUUUGUUGAAAUCUUGUCAGAUUAUGUUGAAGGUGAGGGUGUAUAUGUUGCAUACUUAGGUAAGUUGAAAGGUAUUGUAAGCAUCUUCAUUCAAAUUAUGAAAGAAGAUAACCAGCCAUUUCAAAUUCCAUCUUUCAAAAUGACUGGUCAGGAAGGAGUAGGUGUUCAUUUAGGAUAUUCAGAAUUUGAUCCUGCAUCUUUACCAAUGAAUCUUGAAGAGAUUGCUGUUACUCAAAAUUUGGAUGUGAAGACUGGGCAUAGUUCAUGUGGCAGCAAGAAUGCAAGGACUUCAAAAAGAUCAAAACCCUCGAUGUCAGCUGAAGAUAUUGUAUCCAUUCUCAAGGUCAAAGUUGAAACAAGCAAUUUGACUGAGGUAAAGGAUUCUCUUGAUGAUAUGGAUGACUGCCAUGCGUCAGCUUCAACCCCAGAAGCUUUUGAAAUUCCAGAUGCUCAAUUCUUCAACUUUGAAACUGGGAGGUCCCUUGAUAAGUUCCAGGUUGGCCAAAUAUGGGCAUUUUACAGUGAUGAGGAUGGAAUGCCGAAAUACUAUGGUCAGAUUAAAAAAGUUGUCACUGGUCCUACUAUUGAAUUGCAUGUUGAAAGGCAACAGUUAACUACUGCUGAAGCGAGCGGUAGUUAACUACCACUGCAGCCGGCGGUAGUUAUCUGUUGCUGCACUCCACAACAGCUUUUUCCUUCCCGUUUCCCCCACAUUUGAUCAUGUUUAUACAUAAUAUUUUGAACACAUGUUUUUCACUCA